GUAAUUGAACCAUGUAAGAUAAAUAUUUUGUUUUGAAUUCUUAUCUAUAUAGAACAUACAUUAUUACUAGACUAGAUAUACCUCAGUCCAACUGUCAUUGAUAAGUGAUUAGUGAAAGUUCGUCCGCAAGGCGAGCGCGAAAUAAACAAAACGAGCAUAAUGACCUAAAAGCCACAUCACGCAUCAAUAAUGCGCCGAAAAAAAAGCGCGCACAGGAGAAAUCGUUUCUGCCCACUUAAUUCGAUAGUCGGGAAAAAAAAUCGAAAGUUAUCUUAUGCGCCGAACGCGGAAUCCGGAAUCGUAAGCUAGCCUCAUGGUUAUUGUUGGAAAUCCACGUGUACCGGUUCAACGGAGCGAGAAUAAAAUACUUUUGGUGGUAUAGUAGUGACAGGUUAUUACGCGAUGCAUUACCGUAGAUGCCUGUCGAUCGUCGAAACGCGAAUAACGCGGAUGAUUCUCAGAAAAAAAAAAAAAUCGUACAUCUCUCGCGGGCCGCCGCGGCCACCAUGACUAGGCGAAAGAGAAUGGCUCUUCAACAAUGACGAUCAGCGGCGACGCACCCUCGCCGCUCGAACAUCAAGACAGAAGUGCCGGUGACAGCUCUGCAUCGAAUAUUUUAUAAGUAUCGUUGUGGAAUUGCGAGCAUUACUCACUUGACAGCGUUAUACGUCAGACUUAAGAGCCAGGGCCGCCUCUAGGCUGCCUUUCGUCCCUAAACCGCGACCUUGCGGAUUUUCGCCGAUAUCGCCGUUUUCCUCGCGUCCUCUCGAGAACUCGUCGGUUCGAUUUUUCCAAUCACGGAAAACGCGAUCGCGAAAAACAGGCAGAUCCGACAAAUUGAGGCGGAGAAACAAUUUCGCGAGAAACGACUCGACGGGAGAGACGACGAUUUAACGGGACGCCGAAGAGACGAGAAAAAUCGCGAAGCAACGUCACGCGCGAGUCUCGACGCGAGCGAGAAAUAUGCUACAUGUCGCAACCGGGAGCGUCACGAGAGAUGAUGCGCGAACAGCUUCGAAUUCACCGUAGAUAUAAUAUGGCACUUGGGUGGACGGCCCUGUCUAAAAUAGGCUCUGACUGUUGGGACCGUGCGUCGUAGUGAUUACUUUAUCAACGAAUUGUCACAUUUAACAGCGCCUCGUCGAGUUACGCGCGGCAGCGAUUCAACGACGCUCCCUGUUUACGCUCAGUUGCCAUCCGUUCGACAUCGGACACCAUAGCGGUCUCGUCGCUGCAACCGGAUUCGCGCUUUCUCGAAACAAAUCUCUCUCUCUCUCUCUCUCUCUUUCUAUCUAUCUAUCUAUCUAUCUAUUUAUCUAUCUAUCUAUCUCUCUCUCUCAUUGAAAAAAAAGCACGUGGCCUUUAAGAAAAAAAAUGAUCAUUUUCGCGCGACUGUCCGAAGUUAUCCGAGGAAACGGUCGGAUAACAGAGGAUUAGCAAGCCUGCGUGCGCUAUCUGAUGUGAGAGGAAGAAUCUUCGCAACAAGCGGAACGUGUCGAGGACGAUUCGAAGGCUGCGCGAUCAAUCAACUUGGAUGGAUCUUUCAGUGAAAGAAAUCUUAUGCAACAGAUUUCACAAGGUAAUCGUACGGUUUGCGUAGCGAGUGGUCCUAGCGAGAGCCAGCGCUGAUUGCAUCCUAAACAUUCCCACCUCGUUCGCGAGAAAUACCUUUGAACUUCGAAGAUCGUGUUGUGAUCAACAACGCGCUUUCUAGUCCUUGACCUAACGCGCGCGUGAAGUUGGCGAAAAUGUACCGUCGAAUCGUGAACAUGAAGCCGAAGAAGAUCAUCAUUCGCCGACGCAAGAACAAGUAUUCUCUCGACAGAAAGAUGAACAUGAUAAUCAUCACUCGCCGUCCGUUUGUCAACAUGUCACCGAUGCUGGGCCUUAUGUAAUGCGCGACGUUUAUCGGAGGCAAACUUCCGUGAAGAUACGCCACGAAGAACGAUCGUGAUGAUGAUUGGUCAUCGCGGAAGACAUCUGCAUGUCGAGAUCAUAAUUGCAAUCACAACUGUAAUCGUAAUGCUCCUCACGCGUCAGAAAAAAAAGAAAACAACGAGGAUGACGACGAAUCGUCAGGCGAACGUUGAGGAGGAAUAAAAGGUGCGGCGGGCAGACCGAUUUCUGAUAGCCUCGGACAGUAGCGCGAGCACCGACGUCGUCGCGGACUGACUGACCUUGACCCGAAAACUGCUGUGGGGCGGAAUCGGAAGUGACUCCGCAGGCGGCGGUGGUGGCAUCAGCCGCGUGUGUGCCGCGACAGAUCGUCGUGGAUUAACGAACAAAGUUGGCCCGACACGGAGCACCGCGUGCCUGGUGCUUAGUGCCUAAGUAGAUGUGCACGAAGACGGAUCGGCUAGCGCGCGCCACAGAAGCGGCGCCGAAGGCUGGACCGUGUACGAGAGCGAGCUGCAGUUUUUGAUCGGGGAGAGAAGAGGUGGUACACGCUGCUGCUGGCCGGUGACCGGUGGACGAAGGAGACAGACAGCGUCGUGAUGCACGAUGGUGCAUUAGCCGGGAGCCGCGGGAUCACCGUGCGAUUUCUUUCGCGCGCGCCCAACGGAAAACCAAAAAGCCAGAAGUCACCUAUGUGGAGGUCUUCUUCGACGAUUGCUUAAUGAUCCCGAGUCGAUCGUACGCUUGGACAGUCCGAAAACUUCACAUGACUCCAGUCUCUGUUUUGUGCUUAUUGUGAUCCCUUUUCUUCACGAGAGACAUGUCCGAGAUCACAACGACGAUCGGCGCGCCCGGAUCGGGGCUUGCCAAGGAGAAUCCCGAGAAGAAGCAACCGAACUCCAUGAGCGACAAGUCUGACAGUGCGGUCACCUGGAAGUCCAUGAGCAUUCGGCAGAAAUGGUCCUUCCUCACGAGCAACAUCACCGUUGAGCCGAUGGUCGCGUGCUACGUGAUCCCCAGCGUGCUCUCGUCGCUGGCCGUGCAGAAUCUCAUUCUGGAGAAGGCGUGCCGGGUGAACCUGGCAUAUUCGGACGACGUGUGCUCGUCCCUGUCCGCCAGAAACACAACAGGAUUGGAAGCCGAGGAGACAGCGGUGCAGCAACUGGUGGCGCGGAUGCAAACUUGGAAGACGCCGCUGCAGAGCGCCCUGCCGACCAUCCUGAUUCUUUUCAUGGGCGCGUGGAGCGACCGCACCGGCUUGAGGAAACCGUGCAUGCUGCUGCCGAUCAUCGGCGAGUUCUUCAGCAGCGUCACCCUGAUCGCGUGUACCUACUGGUUCUACGAACUGCCGAUGGAAGCGGUCGUGCUGGAGGCGUUGUGGCCGGCGUUGACAGGCGGUUGGUUCACGAUGUUUAUGGGAAUCUUUAGCUACAUCGCGGAUAUCACGUCCGUGGAGUCGAGGACGCUCAGGAUCGGCGCGGCCAAUGUCUUUCUAUCUCUUGGCGUGCCGAUCGGCAUGGCCCUCUCCGGGAUAUUGUACACCAAACUAGGUUUUUACGGUGUUUUCAGUAUCUCGAUGGUGUGCUAUGUAAUGAGCUUCGUGUACGGCUUAGUGGUGAUUAAGGAACCGCCGAGGGUGUUCGCGGAACGCGCGCGAAAAAAAUCCCUCCCGAGCGAGGACAAGCGAAUGUCGGUGUGCGCCUUCAUUCUGGACUUCUUCUCGUUGAGGCACAUCGAAGAGACGUUUCGCGUGGCUUUCAAGAAAGGGGCGAACAAUCGUCGGAAAAGAGUUAUCGUGCUCAUGGUCGUUGUCAUGGUGGUCAUCGGGCCUCUUUACGGCGAAAUGGCGGUUCUCUAUCUUUACAUGAGGUACCGAUACAACUGGAACGAAGUGACGUUCAGCAUGUUCUCCACGUUUGGCAUGGUAACUAAUCUGAUCGGAACCGCGAUCUCCGUCGGUAUCUUCAGCCACAUACUCAAGAUAGACGACGCCAUCGUGGGUAUCAUGAGCUGCAUAAGCAAAAUUUUAGCAGGUUUCGUCUACGCGUUCGCCACAUCCGCCUGGAUGGUCUACGUAGCCGCCAUUGUGGAGAUCGUGAACGGUACUUCUUUCAUCGCCAUGCGUUCGAUAGCUUCCAAGCUCGUGCCUACGGAAGAACUCGGUAAAGUCAACUCGCUGUUCGGCGUGUGCGAGUCGCUGAUGCCACUUGUUUAUGGACCGAUGUACAGCGCCAUUUACGCGGCGACUAUGGACACGUUCCCGGGAACAUUCUUCAUCGCCGGGGGAUGCAUGACGAUGCCUGCAGUAUUUGCAUUUCUCUGGUUGUACACGGAGCACCGUAAGGAUCGUAUGAUGAAGGAACAAAAGGAACCCGAAGCUAUGAUCAAUCACAAGAGCGAGGACGCGACAGAUCACGGUGGUUUCAAGACGUCGAGCACACGAAUUGUGGACACGCAGAAGGGCACGCAGAAGGCCGCGAUGAUGAACGGCAUCGAUAACGUGGCCUUCGAAUCCGAACAGUUGUGAUCUCGCGACUAUUACGUGAUCUUAUUAUUAACACGAAGACACGUGAUACAUCAAUAAUACCUCAUCAAAAAAAGAAAGGACUGAGAGGACAUUUUUAAAGGCCGGCAAUUAAUGCUCACGUUGCUGUUAUAAAUGAACUGGCGAAUAUGUAUAUUUUACCAAAGGACAACUCUUUAGAGUAAACGCAGAUCACCAAAUAGCAUAUCAAAAUUUGGUAACGACGUACAUACACGAUUCUAACAAACUUGAGAAAAACAUUUUAUCUUGAAAUUUUAAAGCAUGAAACAGUAAUUUGCUGGUGAAAAAUAUUAUCACAAUAACGUACAAACUAUCGUUUGUUUUGAAUCUCGCACGUGGUUUGUGAGAAUGACAGGAAGAUAAAAAAAUCUGUAGCUCGAAUCGUUUUUCAAAUUCAGUGUACGCAAAUGCUAGCUCUAACUUCGUGCAGAGCAUCAAAAGUUCACUUUAAGACGUAAAUAAAAUUUUUCGCCUAUCCUUUUCUCUUUUUGACCAUCCAUGACUUCGUCUGUUGCUUGUAGAUUUUUUUCCAAGCAUUUUCUCAAAACAUAGAAUAAAACAUAAAUAGUUAUUGAUGUUUUUAUUUUUAAUUAUUUUUAACAUUUGUAGUUAAACAUAGUGCCUAACAAGAGCUAUUAAAAAAACAACUAUUACUUAUGUUUAAGAGAGAUCCUCAACAGUGCGAGUAAAACAAGUUUAAGUAAAACAAAACAUGAUCAGUAGCGUUUUAGUGUGAUUUAAUAUAUAAUACAUCUAUAUGUGUGUUAAUAUACACGUACAGUCGUUUGCUGUAUGUAAUCGUAAUCUCUUGCGUGCAAUCUUUCCGUGCAAUUUAACGCCUGUUCCCAAUCGACCAAGGAUUGUAUUGUCUCGAAGAGAUGGCGCGCGUUAAACGCGAUUCUCUCAAUGUUUUAUCUAACAAUCUAUAUUCCUUUAUAUCUCGCGCGGGUACAUUAGUACAAACUGUACUUAAACACGAGUAUUGUAAUAACAAUGUGAAAGAAACAUGUGUAUCACAAAUAUUCACUAAUGAUUACUUUUGAUUUCCUAUUGUCAGAGUUUACUUGCAUAUACACUCUGCUCUCUCUCUCUCUCUCUCUCUCUCUCUCUCUCUCUCUCUCUCUUUCUCUCUCUCUCUCUCUCUCUCUCGAAAAAGUGUAAAUCCUAUUUUUUCUUAGCCUGAAUUUUUCAGAAAGCUGUAUUCUCAUUGUAAGUAAACAAUUAAAAUUGUUAAAACUUUACCACCAUGUAUGUAACAGAUAAUGUGAUAAAGGUUUGAAAUCGUUUUUAAAUUGUUAGUAGAAUUUAAUAUAAUACAACACACACUAAAUUUUACACAAAACAACACACAUGCACAUAAAACACACAAAUUUAAUCGGAUAUUUAAUUCAUGUACGUAUGACACAAAUAUAUAUAAUACGACAAAAUAAAAUCAGAUUUGAAU